CUCGGGCCCUCAGUGUGCCGCGCGCCUCGGGAGCGAGCGGUUGUACAGUGCGUGUGACGUGUAGUAUUGAUCGUGAGUGAUGGUGGUGUCCCUGUAACAUAUGGUAGCUCUGUCCUCUUCUACCGUGGCCAAGGGCGGCAUGAGCAUGGUGGCGUGGGCACUGUGGGGCCUGGUCCUAGUUCAGAGCCUCGCCCACGCCAGCUCGAGGCCCAGCGAGAAAUAUGGAGACGUGAGCGGGGAUGAGGUGGUGAUCGACCAGCUGGAGGAUUUCUUGAGGUCCCACACGCGCCACCUGGUGGAACCUGAUCCACGCCUGCUUCCUCCUGCUGCCCCGCCCUUGCCCUACAAGCACCUCGUCCCGAACAUCAACGAGAAGAUCCGGUUCGGCGUCGGGCCGAGGGACCCGCGGUUCUACCUCCCCUCGAACCUCCCUGAACCCGCUGCGCCCGAGCAGGACCGCUUCCAGGACUUCCCGCAGGACAUCGCCCUCCUCAACUCGCGCCUGCCGCAGCACCACCAGCGUCCUGCGUACCGCGAGGAGGUCCUGCAAUACCAGGAGGAUGUGGACGAGCAGUAUCCCAACCAGUACCAGCAGGUUGGCGAGGAACGGUACCCCAGCGUCCAGUACCAGGACUACGCCAACCUUGGGAUUCCUGUGGCGGCGCUGGACCGUCUGCAGGCCAUGAGGGAGAUGGCGGGCGUCCCCGCGGACCCUCGCAGGAUGGGAUUGCAGGAGCUGGAGGCGCAGGAGGAGGAGGAGAGGGAGGAGCGGGGGCGAGAGGAGGAUAAGAGGGAGAUGGUGAUGGAAGCAGCUAAGUCCGGAGGAGGAGGAGGCGGUGGAGGAGAGGCGCCGAAGGAAGGCGCCAAGGAGGAGAAGGAUAAGAAGACGGGGGGUAAAGCAGCAACAUCGCAGCCUGAGGAGGUGAACUACCUGAACCGUUCGCCAAGCCACGUUCAGCAGGGCGACCCCGUCUACCAACACCAUAAAGCCUCGAGGCAAGAUAGUCUCGAUGGAGUGUACUUCGUAGCAAUCGUAGCUGGAUGCACGGCUGUAGCUGUGUUUGGUGUCAUUAGUGCUGGAAUCUGCUGGUACAGAUAUCCUACGCUGAAAAAAACGCAGCUAGGAAUUGUUCAUAUUGUACCUGUUAUUCACGUUAUGAAAAGAACAAUAGCAAUAGCGAGAACUGAAACCAGGAACAACCAUUACGCCUUUGAAAAUAGCUCCAUUGUUCUAUCGCAUGGGAAAGAAACGCAGACGGUCACAUCACAAGAACACAAAUGGCAGAAUGCAAAUGGCCUUGGCAAAGAGAAAGGAAGUGGCAAAUAUGAGAGGAAAUAA